GACCGUGGCGACAACGAUGUUUUUAACUUCUAUUGAUAAUUGUUUAGCCAAAUUAAACGUUCAUUUGUGUAUACAUUUUGAUUACUGUAUUAUGCAUUUCAUAUAGGUAUAUCAAUUAUUAUAUUGUUUAGAAAUUUAUAUUGCUCACUCGUUUUGUGCAUAACGCUAAACAUUUUCCGGCUUUGGCUUAUUGGUCGACGUUUGUAAGUUACGCCCGAUUAAUUUGAAUUUCGACAAAAUACUAUAUUCUAAAAUGGAGGCUGAAGAUAACAUACAGAAAAUGUACAAAUACUUUGGCAUACUAGCCGAUGCCAAGGAAAAUAUUGCUGAGGUGAGUUGUUCAUCAAUUAAAAUUAAAAUUCGUUAAAUUAAAAACUACAUUAAUUUCCUAUUUUCCUUAACCUAGUUAUAAUAUUAUAAUAAGUGUUAUUUUUAAUGUCCUGGAAAAUGUAAAUUAUUUUUAAUAUAUAUUAUAGUCAUAAACAGAAAAAUGUUGUUUAUUUCCCAUGCAGCUAUAGUUAAGAAAAUAAAAUUGAAUAGGUAGGUAAUGAAAGCAAAUUUUGAUUUUAGAAUUAUAAUCGUAUAAUAUAAAUAUAUCAUUCAGAAACACGGAAAGUAUUAUAAUAAAUAAUAGGUAUUGAAAUUUUUCCAAUAAUACCAAUCUAUUGUAUAUAGGUAGUACCUAAGUAUCCAGUGUAGGAUGUAUUUAUUUUAAAUUGCAAAUUGUAUGUUUAAAUACUCUAGAUUUUCAAGGAACAUAAUGAAACAUGUCAAUACAUUAUAGAUUAUUGUAUGAUCUGAGCAGAUUAAAUAACUACUGUAAAAACUAGGGGCUUCGUUCAAAUCUAAAACUGAGAUCACAUUAUUCCAUCUCAACGAAAAAAUGGCAAGACAUGAAAUAAAAGCGGUCUUUAGGGAGCAGGGAAUAACCCUAUUUUUUGAAAAUCUUGAUUAUGAUCUAGGAUAUUAUAUUUUCAAUUCUGAUAUGAGUAAAUGAACAUAGUCAUAAUAAGCAUAAUCAGUCCUUAUAAAUAUUGUAUUUUAAUUGUGGUUUGAACUAGGUUAUGUCCUUCUAUGACUUCUUAAAAUAUAUGACCAUUAUUUACCUAUAUUAUUAUUAUCUUUGAACCAACAAUGAUUUCGAUAAAAGCAAUGGUAUUAGAUUGGUAAUCACCAAUUGGUUAUAAUGUUCUAGUUUAAACAUUUUGAAAUGUUGAUAUAUUCAAAUAAUAUAAAAUACAAUUUAAGUUAAAAUGUUUAAUAAUUCAGUUAUGUAGAUUAGUAGAUAACACUUUAUUUUCUAAUAAAAUUAGUUCGUAAAUGUUAUUCAAUUUAAAUACGCUGUAUUACUAAUAAUAAAAUAAAUUACUUUAACAGCAAUAAUAAAACAAAAUAUAAUUCUCAAACAUGAUUUGUUAUAGUCAAAUAAUAUAAAAUAAAAUAUCAAAUAUAUAAAUACUAGAAAUAGUUGUGUGUAUAAAAUGUAUAAUGUGUCUAAAUAAUAUAUGUAAUUUAAAUUACAGUUUAUAUUUUAACAGUUUUAUAUUUUAUCACCUAAAAUAAAAAAGUAUAUGUUGUAGAAAGAACCUGAAUAUUUGGAAAUUUUAUCAGCUGUCAAAGGUUCAACAAAAGAAAAACGACUCGCAUCUCAGUUUAUAACUAGAUUUUUUAAACAUUUUCCAAAUCUUGCUGCUCAAGCUCUUGAAGCACAACUUGAUCUUUGCGAAGAUGAGGAUAUUUGUGUAAGUAAACAAAAUUUAUACUGUGUAUAAUUUUAUCAUUAUUUGUUUGGUAUUUUUUUAGAUUCGGAAACAGGCGAUUAAAGACCUACCAGUAUUAUGUAAAGAAUCAAAAGAAUACUUGACUAAAAUAGCUGAUAUUUUAGCCCAGUUACUUCAGGCUGAUGACCCACAAGAAUUAUUAACUGCACAAAAUUCUUUAUUGUCACUCUUUAAAAUUGAUGCUAAAGGUUAGUUAAUUUUUCUGAAUUGUAUAAAUGGUUUUUUAAAAAAAAAAUUUAAAUAAAUUUAGGUGCCUUAACUGGUAUCUUUAGUCAAAUGCAAUCAAAUGAAGAAGUGGUUAGAGAACGGUCUAUGAAGUUUAUAUUGAACAAAGUGAUGGCUUUGGGUAAAGAAAUAAUCAAGAAGGAUGUAGAAGAUUUAAUUAUUGCAGAAUGCAAAAAAGUUAUGCAAAACAUAACGUGUGAAGAAUUUGAAACACUUAUGACAAUAUUAUCAUCUACUCAUUUAAUAAGUACUCCAGAGGGACAAAAGGAACUUGUUGAACUUUUGGCGAGUACAGCUGAACUAGACCAGUUUUUUAAUCCUAAAGAUUUAGAUCAAGUAAAUAGGUUUAUUACUUGUCUGGAUUUUGCUAUUCCAUUUUUUUCGGUAAAUAUUUUUUAUUAAUUUAAAUAAAAUAUAAAUACAAAACACUUAUAAUAAUCUUUAAAUAUUUGAUUUUAGGGUCAUGUAGAAUCUACCAAAUUUAUUGUUUAUGUAUGUGAACUGCUGAAUCGUUAUAUUCUUAUAAAAGAUAAUGACAAACAGUUUAUAAUUUUGAAAUCUUUGGCUGAAUCUGCACCGUAUUGUGGUAAACUAAUGAAUCCUGAAGCAGUAGUUGGGCAAGUGUAUCAAGCUCUUUUGGUAAGUUAAUUUUAUUUGUAAUAUUUUGGGUUACUCGUGUGUUUCUGUGAUCCUUUGUACAUCCAUUGAACUAUUACUGGUAGUAAAAUUCCUACUAAAUGAAACUCAAUUAACUGAAAUUAAUUCAUAUAUUUAAUUUAUAUUCUUAGGAUUUGGUAACUGUUCCUGAGAAUGAUACCAUUAAAAAAGUUGAAGAUAUGGAUCUACAUCGCGUUGAAGCACUUCUAUAUACUUUUCAUAAAUUAGGAAAACAAUGUCCAGAUUUCUUAAGUAAAGAUGCUGAAAGACAAAAAGAAUUUAAGAAAAAGUAAUAAUCAGUUAAAAGUUGAAGAGUAUAUUAAGUAUUAUAUAAUUUUAUUUUUUAAUUAAUUUUUCGUAAUAUUAGAUUGUUGUAUAUUGGUACAUGUACACAAACUUUUGUGAAAAUUGUCAGACAAGAUUUGAAAGAAAAAGGUGAAGAUGACGUGAAAAAUGAUCCAGCUGUUGAAAAAAAACUUGAAGGAUUAAGAUUAGCAUGCAAUAUAAAUACUUUAAUAAAAGAAUUAUUUAAUAUCCCCCCUAGAUUCAAGGCGACAAUAAGCUUGUCAUGGUUAGGUGGGGCAACUAAAUCUAAACUCGUAAGUAAUAUUAUGUACAGAACGAGUAAGGCAAAAAUUUUAACUUUAAUUAUUGUUGUUGUAGGCUCAAAUUGUACAGGAGGGUAAAAAACAUGAACCUAUAAUAGUGGAUGGAAAGACAAAACGUAUUGACGGAAGUAAUAAUAGUCAACAAUUAUAUCAGCCACCAAAAGAUAAAUUUAGUGCAAAAUUCUCAAACAAUUCAAACAAUAGCACUAAUACUACUUGUAUGAUUUACUAUGGUUUAAUCUUAAUAAAUAACUAACCAUUAUUAUUAUUUCAAUUUAGAUAAUCAUCGCCGCGGAAAUGCUACUGGUUGGAAUCCUAAAAGGUCAUUUGAUGCCAGCAAUGGUAAUCGUCGUUCAUGGCGACCAUACUAAAACAUAUAAUAUAAUAAUUUAAGGGACUAUGUAUAACAGUGUGUUCAUUGUACUAUUGAUACUCUAUAUACUUCAUAUUAUAUAAAUGCAUUUUUUUUACAAAAAUAAUGAUAUCUGCAAAUUAUUGUACAUAAUAUUUUAAUUUAUGUAACUAUUUUUGAUAAAUUAAAUCUUUAUGUUCUGUAAAUUUUUUUAGCUGCUUUGUAAUAUGCCAGAUAUACAAAUUUGAUUGAAUUUAAUAAAGUUGGUGUGUUUUUAUACA